CGUGCCGCACUGCGCAUGGUUUCAUGCUCUCCUCGCCCCUUCCAGGACAAGAAGAAGCCCUUCGAUCGUCCAGUCUAGCUAUUUCUGUUUAUCGCAGCAGUUUGGAGCUGUCGGAUUCGAGUAGCUAGCUUAGCUCUACAUAUCGAGCGAGAAGAAGGAUCGAGGAGAUGAGCGGCGGCGGCGGAGGAGCGGCGGCGACGCAGGGGCAGCAGGAUCUGCAGCUGCCGCCGGGGUUCCGGUUCCACCCGACGGACGAGGAGCUGGUGAUGCACUACCUCUGCCGGCGGUGCGCCGGCCUGCCCAUCUCCGUGCCCAUCAUCGCCGAGGUCGACCUCUACAAGUUCGACCCAUGGCAGCUCCCAAGAAUGGCUCUGUACGGCGAGAAGGAGUGGUACUUCUUCUCCCCGCGCGACCGCAAGUACCCGAACGGGUCGCGGCCGAACCGGUCGGCCGGCACCGGGUACUGGAAGGCCACCGGCGCCGACAAGCCGGUGGGCACGCCCAAGCCCCUGGCCAUCAAGAAGGCGCUCGUCUUCUACGCCGGCAAGGCGCCCAAGGGCGACAAGACCAACUGGAUCAUGCACGAGUACCGCCUCGCCGACGUCGACCGCUCCGCCCGCAAGAAGAACAGCCUCAGGUUGGAUGACUGGGUGCUGUGCCGGAUCUACAACAAGAAAGGCGCCUCGGAGAGGCCGAGCGCCGGUGACCGGACCGCGAGCGCGAGCCCCGGGCACGCGGCCGUCGGCUCGCCGCCGGAGCAGAAGCCGGCCCUGCUGCCGCCAUACGCGCCGCAGCCGUUCUCGGACCUGGCGGCGUACUACGAGGUGAGGCCGUCGGACUCGAUGCCGCGGGCGCACGCCGACUCGAGCUGCUCGGAGCACGUGCUGACGGCGUCGUGCGAGCGGCCGGAGGUGCAGAGCCAGCCCAAGAUCUCCGAGUGGGAGCGCACGUUCGCCUCCGCCACCCCGGGCGUCAACCCGGCCGGCUCGAUGCUCGACCCGUCGGCCGGGCUCCCCGCCGGCGACCCGCUCCUCCAGGACAUCCUCAUGUACUGGGGCAAGCCGUUCUGAGAAUCCAGCUCCGUGGCUGUACGUGUGGUUUGGGAGGGAAUCGAUCGGGGUGACUCGGGCGAGCCGCCGGAAUCUAUCGGCAGGAGAUACUCGUAGCCGUUGGAUGGCAGAUAUCAAUAGGGCACAAGGAGCUACGGACGGCGGCGACGAGACGCGGGGCCCCGGUGUGUUCGAGGAGGGACGCACAGAGUACUGUACUCGGUCUUGGUGAAUACGGAUUUGAACUAAGCUGUGUAUAUGCGAUUGAUUUGGAAAUGGGUUUUUUUGUUUAAA